AAUUCAAUGUCACACAAUACCAUCAGAAGAAAAAAUAAUUCAACAAUAUUUAAUUAUAAUGCUUUUAAAUAGUGUAAAGCAGUGAUUAAAGCAUUUUAUUUAGAGCGUUUUCAAAGAAUUUCUGAUAAGUUAAACGAUUUGGUUUGGUGCUAUUAGGCCAAUUAGGCUCAAAGCUACAUAAGCAUAUACAAGUUAUGAAUGAUUAUCUUCAUUUAAUAACUACUUAACAAAGUACUAAGAUCAGUAACUUAAAUUCCUAAUUUGACUCAAAAUAUUUAGAAGUUACGAAGAACUUAACGCCAAGUAGAAAUAUAUAAAGUAACUAAAAUCUUUGAAAAACAACAAAAAUAACUCGUAUAAGUAAACUUGAUCAUACAUAUCUAAGAGAAAAUAAAACAGCUGACUUAUAGAUGGAAUUAGAAUAAACCCACACACACCCGUGAUUGGCAAAUGUGUACUGUGGAACAUGAAUUUGCCUUGUUGGGUAGAUGUGAAAGUUAAAAAUUAAAACUACAUACCAAUAACUACAAUCGAAUAAUCGAAUUGAAGUGUCGUGUUCUUAUUAGUUCUAGCGUGAACACAAAAAGGUAUUUUUAAAAUUCUGAACGACAAUAUGUCUAGCACUUCUUCUACCGACGACAGUGGGGAUUUAUUCGAUCCUCUCGCCGAUGAGCUCCAAAAUGUUCAAUCUGUAAUACAUGUUACACGUGAAAAUAUAGAUGCCCUUAAUGCAAAAUUUGCAAAUUUACAAGAACCGCCACCAAUGUACAUAACAGAAUAUCAAGAACUUACUUCAAAACUUCAUGACUUAUAUGUAAAGGAACAUGAACUUAUCGAGCAACUUAGUAGCCAGGAAGAAGAAGCAAACAAAAUUGAUCAACAAAAAAGCCAGCAUGAAUUUAGUAAUCACCAACCUCAAUAUCAGAAUCAUCAACAUACACAUUUAGCAUCAAUUGAUAUGACGGAUUCUUAUGCGGCAAACAGUAAUAACGGAAGUCGAUGCAGUACUUUGACUCGGCCACCAAAAGUGCUGCUGCGAGCUCAUUUGCCUAAUCAACAGCGAACAUCUGUUGAAGUUGUACCAGGUGUCCGAUUACGUGAUGCCCUUAUGAAAGCGCUUAAAUUACGACAACUUAAGCCAGAUAUGUGUGAAGUUUCUGCAACCGAUAGUGGGCGUAGUAUUAUUCCAUGGGACACUGAUAUUAGCUCACUUAUGGUGGAAGAAAUUUAUGUACGAUUGUUGGAUAAAUGUCCAAUAAUGACUCAUAUAUCCCACCAGUUUAUAAGAAAGACAUUUUUUUCAUUGGCUUUUUGUGAGGGCUGUCGUCGUUUGCUGUUUAGUGGUUUUUACUGCAGCCAGUGCAAUUUUCGGUUCCAUCAAAGAUGCUCUGAUAAAGUACCUACACUUUGUCAACAAUUUCCUAUGGAUAUUUCGUAUUAUCAACGACUUUUGGCGCAAAACCCCGAAAAUUUUGUUGGAAUAUUACAUCCAGGGAGGAAUGCAGUAUUAAGUCAAGGAAGACACCCUCGCACAAUUAGUCAACAAGAUCGCUCAAACUCGGCUCCGAAUGUUUGUAUAAAUCGACCAUUAACAGAAGCACAACGUUGUUUAGUGCAGAACCAUGUUCCUCUACAGCAUCCAGGCAGCGAUCAUCCUAACUCAACACAGGCCUCACCCACCGGCACGUUGAAAACAAUAAAGCGACAAAGAGCUCGGUCUGCGGACGAAAGCAAUAAAAAUCUAUUGUCGCCCCGUGACGGAAAAGGUUCUGAAGAAAAUUGGAAUAUUCAAGCGGAGGAAAUAUUGAUUGGGCCAAGAAUUGGUUCUGGAUCUUUUGGAACAGUGUAUAAAGCUCAUUGGCAUGGUCCUGUGGCUGUGAAAACACUGAAUGUGAAAACUCCAAGUCCUGUUCAACUGCAGGCAUUUAAAAAUGAAGUCGCUAUGUUAAAAAAGACGCGACAUUGCAAUAUACUUUUGUUUAUGGGUUGUGUCUCUAAACCGUCAUUAGCAAUUGUAACUCAAUGGUGUGAAGGUUCUAGUCUUUAUAAACAUAUACACGUAAAUGAAACCAAGUUUAAACUUAACACAUUAAUUGACAUCGGCAGACAAGUUGCGCAAGGAAUGGAUUAUCUCCAUGCAAAAAAUAUCAUUCAUAGGGAUCUAAAAUCUAACAAUAUAUUUUUACAUGAAGAUUUGUCUGUAAAGAUAGGCGAUUUCGGUUUGGCCACUGCAAAGACGCGCUGGUCUGGAGAAAAGCAAGCUAAUCAACCUACUGGCAGUAUUUUAUGGAUGGCUCCGGAAGUGAUACGCAUGCAAGAACAGAAUCCUUACUCUUUCCAAUCGGAUGUUUAUGCCUUUGGUAUUGUUAUAUACGAGCUAUUAGCUGAAUGUUUACCAUAUAGUCAUAUCAACAACAAAGACCAAAUUUUGUUUAUGGUUGGGAGGGGAUUGCUACGACCUGAUAUGACUAAAGUGCGUGCAGAUGCCCCACAGGCUUUGAAACGUCUGGCCGAGGAUUGCAUUAAAUAUGAUCGAAACGACCGCCCACUAUUUCGACCACUACUGAACAUGUUGGAAACUAUGUUAAGAGCAAUGCCGAAAAUUCACCGCAGUGCUAGUGAACCAAAUAUGACGCAAACACAGUUGCAUAGUGAAGAUUUCUAUCAAUGCCCCAGUCCUAAAACUCCAGUUAACUUCAGCAAUUUCCAGUUUUAUAAUAGUGCGGGUAAUAUCUAGCGAUGCUGAUCCGAUAUUACUAUUGUGAUAACCAAAAUGCGGGACAGACGAUAUCCCUUAUGAACUCUGGAAACUUGUGUACGUAACCUUGACUAUGAAACAAAGGGCAAAGAAAGUUUAAACUAUAUAUAUUUAAAAAUCUGUGGGCCUUUGUUGAUGGACACAACAGAUACUUAAAAUAAUAUUUACUUUUCUCCAAGUCUGAGCUAAAAUAGAUUAUGAGUUAAUAUACAAAUACA